CACAAAGCAGCGUGUCACGGGGGGCUGGCAGGAACGGACGGCAGCGCACGCCGGGGCCCAGCAGGCCGGGAGAGCCGGAGACCGAGCUCCCCGCCACGGGCUCUGCCGCUGCCUCGCCCUGCAGCUGCCUCGGGCCUUGGCAGCGCUUUAUAGAAAACAGGUCUCGUUUUCGCCUUCUGCACAAGGUGUAAUAAAACGCCUGACGCAGGGAAGCGCCCGGCCGGCCCGCCCCGGCCUCGCCCUCCGGGCCGCGUUGCCGGGGCCGCGUUGCCGGGGCCGCUGCGGCGCCCUGCCCGGGCCGCGGGGAGCCGGGGGCCCGGCUGCUGCUGCCGGGCUGUCCGGGAGGGCUGCCCGCCCGGGGCCAGCGCCCCGCCGAGGGGCUGCGUCAGGCGGCGGGUGCCUGGGGCGGCCCGGGAGACGGGAGGGGCAGGGCGGGCCGGGCUGAGGCCCCUCGGCGGGGCCGGUCACAGCCAGGCGCUCUGCCGCCCGCCUCCGGGCCUGGGGAGCUGGUUUGGCUGCGUGCGAGGAGAAAGCGAGGAAGUCAGAGCGAGGGGGAAUUCGGAAGCCCCUUGGAUCCGGCCCCAGGCAGGAGCGCGGGGUGCUGGAGCAGGGCACCGGGCCUGACAGCCUCUAGCGGCCCCUGCCGCCUCAGCCACGCUGUGACUGCCUGGUCCUUGUCACUGAACACAAACGACCAUGCCUCCUCCAGAAACCAUGUUUUGCGCUCAGCAGAUCAAAAUUCCCCCUGAGCUGCCUGACAUUCUGAAGCAAUUUACCAAAGCUGCUAUUAGGACUCAGCCUCAUGAUAUUUUGCAGUGGGCAGCUGCGUACUUUUCAGCACUGUCAAAAGGUGAACCCCUUCCUGUGAAGGAGAGGUUUGAAAUGCCUUUACCAACAGAGGAAACAGAUGGUGGUUUGACCCCAGGACUCCUUAAAAUCUUGCACAAGCAGUUUUCUCCCAAAGGCAUGGUGAAUGUUGCAGAACUGAAGGAAAAAUGGAAGCACCUCUGCCUGCCAGAGGAGCAGCUGAACACUAUCCUGCAACUGGACAACUUUGGUGAGGAGGCAGAAUGGAUGAAGAUUCUGGCACUUGGGUGCAGCGUGCUCGGCAAGUCCUUACUGAGUUCAAUGAAACAUGCCUGUGAAAUCAUAACAAGGGACCCAGAAGGCGGAGCAGCGAGCGUUCCCUUCGAAACAUUCUCGUUCCUCUACUCCUAUUUGGCCAGUAUCGAUGGAGAGAUACCAGAGGAGAAAACUGAAGCUUUCCUCCAAAGGAUUAAAGAACAAGCGUUGGUUGUUCUGAAAACUUCUGGACACCUGCACUUCAUGAUGAUCAACAGGCGACCAACAAACCGGCAUGGUGCUGCUCAGAAACUUUCUGACCUAACCCUCAACACUGCAAGUUUUGAUCAAGCCUACUCUUCAGCACCAGGUGAAAGGGGGAAAAAAAAAAAGGAAUAAAUACAUGUAAGAAAAUGUGUAUUGAAAGGGCUGUUAUUUGCAUAUUACAAUGCAAGAAGAUGCUCAUCUCUAGCUCUUCCCUUUGUUUACAUCACUCUUGAAAUGGCCAUUCAGUAGAUGUUGAUUGAAUACAUGGUUAUACUGUUUUCCUGCCUCUCAAAUGCUGAUGCUCACACCUAAGGAGUGAUACCUUCACUCAUUUUUUUAUAUUGAGUAACAUGUAUUUUGUUGUGGAUCUUCCUACCUGUACUUCUUAAGUGAUUGCAAGAAGUAAAACACAGAAUUAACUUGAGGGAAGAUGGGGCAGCUCCAAUUGGUGCAUUUCUCAUUAUGCAGCUGGAUAGCACUGACUUUGACUCUUGCACAAAUACAGCUUGUCUUUUACUACUUUGCAUGGACAAGCUCUAUUAAACAAAGUCUUACUUGAGAGAACUUCCUGAGAACCCUGUGGCUGAGUUGGCAGAAGUAUCAACUCAAGAAAGGACAGCAAUGUUUCCAUACUGUUUUUCCUCUAAUUAGGACCCUUUCAGAACUUAAAUAUCCUUUUCCAUUCUUAGAUACAGUUGCCUAAUGAAGGAUCUAUUUAAACAUGUCUUGUUUUCUGACACAAAAGGCUACUGCAUUUAUCAGGUGAGGAACGCCUGACAGAGUUCAGCUUGGUUUUGAGUUGAACAGCUGUAGUAGGCACAGAAGUCCAAAUCAAUCAGAACUAGACUAAGUAUUCAGUGACAGAUAAUUGCAGAAAUGACUGAGGUAAGAGACAACAUACUGGUGGCUACAGUAAAACUGGAGAGAUUCCAUCGACAGGGAAGCCAAAACCAGGAGCCAAUGGAGUGCCCUCUCCUGGCAACUCACUUGAACAGAAGAAUAUAUUGUAGGACGGAUCUGCAACCUUCUUCUUUUGUAUUUGCUUACUUUGUUGGCACUGGCUGAUGAUGACUGGCCUUGCUGUAGUAGAUUGUGUGAGGAAUUAACAGGACAAGACAGUGAUAUGAUAAAAAUCUCCCUGAAGUGGAAUUCUCCUGCAUACCUUUAAUAUGUACCUGUGUGUUUUAAAUAUUUUUAUCAACCACUACUGCUAAUAUUUAUGUUAAGUCUACAGGAUGGGAACACUUCCUAGUUAUUUCUGGAAGGAUAUGGGUACACAACCAGUGUUUGAAAAUGGCAAUCAGCAACUCUACAAGUGUUCUUGGUACCUCCUCACUAGUUUCUGUGGAGGGCUAUAUUCUUAUCUUUGCCAGGUGACUUUGGUCCUAAAUUUGGGCAUGAGUUUGGGAACAGUAACUUUCCCUGUUACUGUCCUUUUACCACUAACUGCAGUUGAAGAUACUUUAAUCUGCUGGAGAAGUCUGAACUCUCCCCUCUCACCUCUGGUACAUGCUGUAACUAGACAGUAAGUGCUGACUUUCUGGAACACUGCUCUCAGAGGUGACAAUGUCAGGUGGCAGGCUAGGAGGGAAGUUUUCUUCAUGCCUCUUCUAUUUGUAAUUGCUCCUAGUUCUCCAGGGACUAGCUCUGUACUAUAUCCACCUUUUGGAUACUAAUUACAGGUCAGAAAUGCAAAUUAGUACAGUCUCUCACAGAUUUCAUUCUUCAUCUUUGUCAGACUAAACUCAAAUAGAUUAAAAAGAUCUAUGUAAUUUAUCAAUAGAUGCAUUAGUGUUACACAGUUACACAUUUUAUGAUACGUGCUGCUUCCACCAUGACAAACCUUGACACCAGUUCAUUUUUGUCUCCAAGGCCAGCUGUGAUGUAACACCAAUAUUAUGUACACAGUGUUACUGUCCCUGGCACAACAGCAGUAAUGACAGUUCCUGGUGAAGCAAUUUUUUUGAACAGCUGACAAACAAAACAAUCAGGUCCAGGUUUCUACUUUCUUCUUUUAUGGCUGUGAUACUUGUCUUCAUCCCUGAAACAAAAACACAAACAUUGUGUGUGCUUUUAGGCUCAGACUGAUAGAACCUGAAGGAAAAAACCAAAACACAAAAUAACCCAGGCUUGGAAAAUGGAAAUGUCUCAUUAAAUGUAAUCAUGUCCUCUUCUAAGGAAAGAAAGUAAACUACUUUAAGACAGUUUAUUUCCCAUGCUGUUUUAAUCAAAGUUUUGUCAUGCGCUGCAGUAGUGGCAAAUAGGAUUAGGAUAAAAUUUUAGGAUUUAGGAAUUUUAUUUAGGACAAAAGGCUCCACAGUGUAACAACACCAAUUUGAGACAAGCAAUCUUUCCCAUCCGUGCAGUUACCUACAGCAUUUUUUCCACACAUCCUAGGGAUAAUGCACCAUUUCUUCUGCACAACAGCCUCAGUCUUUGCUCCAACACAGGUUACCCACACCUAUGGUCUUGCCGAUGCAAAUGUGCCCUUGAUGGUAUUAGAAGGUGUGGCCUAGAUUUGUUUUCUUUUCCGUGAAAGUAUGUCCAGAACUACUGAAGAGCAACAACACGGUUCUGAAGCAGAGCGAGCUAGUCAGCUGAUCCUAUGAAUAUACGCACUAGUGAAACAAAAAAUCCUGUUUAUUAAAUCCCAGCGCAAACUGGAGCAUUAGGCAAGAACACUUAACUGGUUAAAUGAAAAAUAUGUCCUCCCAUGUCCAUCAAGGAGUAAAACUGCCUGCCACAGUACUGUGCUAACCCUGUAGCAUGCAGUUUUAAAGUGUCACCUUUCAGAUGUGAGAAUAAAUUCUGAAGUCUGGAUCACAGUUUACGAUCUCACAGCAAGUUCUUUUUAAUGUCAGUAGCCUCUUGCCACUAGUUCUUAUACUGCAGAUGAGGUUAGCCCAGCUUUUUAACUGGACCAGAUAUUCUAAUUCCCUGCCCUAAAUUCUCACUGCCAACAGCUAUGGCCACCUGAUUCAGAAGCAGGAGUUCAGUCACAGUAUUUAUUGCUCACCGUUCUCUUCUUCUCUGUGAAACUCUGUCUUUGCCUCUCUCACGACUCCUUUUUCGUCUGUUUGGACUCCUGCUGCUCUCCCUCCUGUGUCUGGUGCGUUCAGGCUCCUUACAGCUUCCUCCAGACUGCCGUGAGUCCACCGAGGCUGACCGCCUGUCUUCCCUUCUGCAAAAAAGGUUAUUGAUUUUAUUCAAUAAAAAGUUUUACAGUCA